CGCCAUAUUUGCACGAAAUCACUCCGUUCCUCGGCCAUCGGUUGAGCGUCGCUUCGUUUCACGUUUUCGUGUAUUUUCCGUUUGACGGGCCUUGAGGCGAUUUUUUCACGCGAGGUGAUGAAUCCGCUCCAGUAGCUGCCAGACGAGAGAAAUUUGAUUAAAACCCGUUUAUACUCGAUAUUUGGGUAAAAACAUCGUUUAUGAUGAUGACCACGGAGGAAGAAAAAACCACAGCGGUCAAGAGGGAGUUGGAAGGAUUGACCAAGGAAGAGAGGAGGAAGAGGAAGAAGUCAAGAUGGGGAGGGGAUGAGAUGGAAAAGUCUUUCAUAUUGGGGAUGCCGACCGUGUUGCCGACAAACCUUAGCAAAGAACAGGAACAAGCCUAUAUCUUACAGCUGCAGAUUGAGGAAGUAAGCCGUAAACUAAGGACGGGAGAUCUUGGAAUUCCACUCAACCCAGAAGAAAGGUCUCCAUCUCCUGAGCCGAUAUACAGCAGUGAUGGGAAGCGGCUGAACACUAGGGAAUUUAGGACGAGGAAAAACCUCGAGGAGGAAAGACACUCGCUAAUACAAAAAAUGCUUAAAGUCAAUCCAGAUUUCAAGCCUCCUGCAGAUUACAAGCCUCCCAUUGUCAGAGUUAGCGACAAAGUGAUGAUCCCGCAGGAAGAGCAUCCAGAUAUUAAUUUUGUUGGUCUUCUUAUCGGACCAAGAGGAAACACCCUAAAGUCAAUGGAAAGGGAAACUGGAGCAAAAAUAAUAAUCAGGGGAAAAGGUUCGGUUAAAGAGGGCAAAGUUGGUAGAAAAGACGGCCAUCCUCUACCUGGAGAGGACGAGCCACUACAUGCAUACGUUACCGCAAAUAAUCCAGAAUUUGUUAAAAAAGCUGUUGAUAAGAUUAAGGAGAUAAUCAGACAAGGUGUUGAAGUGCCUGAGGGACAAAAUGACUUGCGAAGGAUGCAAUUGAGGGAGUUAGCUCUGCUUAACGGUACACUUAGGGAAAAUGAUGGUCCCAGGUGUUCGAAUUGUGGUGCUGCUGAUCAUAAAUCAUGGCUGUGCCCCGAUAAACCAAAUGUAACUAAUUCAAUAGUGUGCUCUACUUGCGGUGGAGCUGGUCAUAUUGCAAAAGACUGCAGGUCAAAAAGGCCCGGAGCUCCUGCUGUCAAUUUGAAGGAUAAAGCUAAGAUUGAUGAAGAGUAUAUGUCGCUGAUGGCUGAACUCGGUGAAGGGCCCCCAGUUGAUAAAAAUUCACUUUCUGGGAAGAAACCAAAUCAGGGAAUAGGCCUUUUCGACAAAACAGGGAUCAGAGGUGCAAUAACAGCACCACCACCUGUUAUCCCUGCUUCAUUACCACCUCCACCAUGGGCCAAAGUCAUGGAUGGGUCUCAGCCUUUAGCGCCACCAGGAGUGGGUGUUGUGGUUCCUCCACCGUGGACGCACGUGCCGCCACCUUGGACUCAACAGCCGCCUCCUCCACCACCCAGUUCACAAGGAAACAGUGUCACCUCGACUUCAGCCCCUCCACCCUGGACACACCAGCAUCCGCCUCCACCGCCCAUGUAUUGGCCGCCAGCGCCACCCCCUCAGGCUUAUAUGACAGCACCGCCUCCACCACCACCUCCUCCAGAUAUGUCAACUCUUUUGACACCACCCCCUCCACCUCCACCUCCACAAUAAUAGUUUAGACAUUGUAUUUAAACCAUCGUUUGUAUGUUGUAUUUUAUUUUAAUAAACUUAUGCUUCAGUA